UGUUUUAAUUUGACCGCGCUAAUUCCAUCUAUAAGCAUAGGCAUACUAUACCACGCAGUUUAGGAACACGGUGUUUUGUUUUGCUCAGAGCCGUGCUACUCAGGAAUGAGUUCCACUCCUCUCCUGGAGGCAGGGGCCCAGCCCCUGUUGCACCCCCUGAAUGAAAAGCUCCAGACUGGGCCGGGCCAAGGCCAGGAUGGAGGUCAAGGUGGUGAGGUAGUAUCCAUGGGUAGUUUGGGGACCCAAGCCUCCCGGCCCCCCCAGCUCCCUAUGGACCCCCAGGCCUCAAGGCGGGUCUGCUUCUAUAAGAGUGGUGACCCCCAGUUCAGGGGUCAUCGUAUGGUCAUCAACGCCAGAACCUUCAAGACCUUUGAUGCCCUCCUUGAUGCCCUGUCUAAGAAGGUCCCCUUGCCCUUUGGGGUGCGCACCAUCACCACCCCUCGAGGGACCCACCCGGUCCGGUGCCUGGAGGAUCUGCAGGACGGAGGGUCCUACAUUUGCUCUGACCAGCGGAAGGUCAAACCUUUGAACCUGGACAUGGCCAACCGGCGCCAGCCGCCCUGGAACAACCCCACCCGGCAAGUCAGCGGGAGGCGGAGGGCGUUUCCGGGGGGUCGUGGGGUAGCCAGGCCGGCCGAAAGCAGGGUCAGUAGAGUGUCUAUCAGGACCCCUAAAAGACUCAUAGUGUUUAAGAACAGGGACCCUAGUGUGAGGAGAACCGUGGUUCUGCAGAGACGGACAGCUCCAACAUACGAUGCUCUACUGGAUCACCUAUCUGGCAUCAUGCAGUUUCCAGUUCUGAAGCUCUACACCCCAGAUGGCAGCAGGGUUGAUGGUCUCCUAGCCUUGAUCCUGUGCUCUGGAGUGGUGGUAGCAGCAGGGAAUGAGCCCUUCAGGCAGAGGAACUAUGACGUCAUGAGGACAGCACAGCCAAUUCCGCCUGCUGCUCAGUCCUCCAACUCUGACUCUGUAGAACCAACCAGGCUACAGCCUCUAAAGAACAAGACAUCAUUUUCCAGUGGACGGCGGUCCAGGAACUUCAGCUUGUCAUCAGAGAAGUACUUUGUGAACCAAAUCAACAAGUCUGUGAACGGUAGUUCCUACGACCAGCCAGUCCAAUCAGAAAGCAUGGAGACAGACCUUAACCAAAGAGAGACCAUGAGGUCAGUGGACAUCGAGACUGAGUCCAUUCAACAGGUAGUUGGGGACACAACUAUGGUACCGCAGGACGAUGACAUUGAGAAAUCCUUCAGGGUGAACCAGGACGGAAGCAUGACUGUUGAGAUGAAGGUCCGCCUGACGAUCAAGGAGGAAGAGAUGAUCCACUGGACAACGACUUUGAGCCGCUCCAGCGUGGUGACCACUCAUAAGUCAGGAACCGGAUUGGAAUCCACCCCUCAGUCACCUGAGAACAAUGUGGAGGCAAACAACAAUAACAACUGUCUUAGCAGCGAGAAAACCAAUCAAAACCACCCCAGUCAGAAAGCAACGAUGGGCGUCACCUUCAGCGGGACAGAUGGGGGAGGGACCGACAGUGGUGAUGCUGGUUCCCUGAAGGCCGGCCCCAAUCAGAAGCGGGCACUGACGCCCGGGCUGAGACAGGUGAAGAAGAAACAGGCGUCCAUGGAGAGUGUAACCACUGUGACAGACACAGGUGUCCAGGAGACGAGUCUGGAGACGUUCUUCUACACAGAGCGCAUAGAGGACAGGGAGACCACUGAGGGUUACUGUGUGGUUCAUCAGAGCAGCAGCAGCAGCUCCAAGAUCCCUCAUGUACCACCUAUCCCAAUGCCCAGAAAGAGUGGCUCAACUGGGGUUAGCAGGACCAGUAGGACUGGGUCCUACUCCAAUCUCCAGUCACCUGGUGUAGCUGAGGUGAUGCAGAUACAGACCAACGAUAACGGCAGGGAGAUCACAGAGAAGGUCAUACACAUCCACGAGAGGAGACAGAGCAUCUACGAUAACUACUAUGCAAACGCAAUGGGGGCAGGUUACGCGACAGUAGGACUGGCUGGUGUGGGGUGCGCUGGUGAGGUAGGGAAUAAUGGAGGGUAUGGUGACCACUCCACCCCCAUGCCAUGGCGUAAACCAGCUUCAACAGACUCUGGGCCGUGCUCCUCUGUGGACUUCACCCAACAGUCCAGUAGCAGCACCUCAUUGAACAGGGAAAGGGAAGAUAUGUUGUCUCUGUCCUCUGAACCUACCUCUCCUUCACAGAACAUCUCCCCACCUGAAAAACUACCAGAUCUCACUACCAGUCCCAGCAACAACCUGUCGACCUUCACAAAAGAACAGGCUCUUUCAGGGGCGUUUCCUAAAGAGAAAGUAUGCUCAGAAUCCAAGGAACUUGGAUUUUCAGAGACAGAGGAAUUGCAAUGUUCAGAGAAAAAGGAAUUGGAAUGUUCAGUGACAAAGGAAUUACAAUGUUCAGAGAAAAAGGAAUUAGAAUGUUCAGAGAAAAAGGAAUUAGAAUGUUCAGAGAAAAAGGAAUUAGAAUGUUCAGAGAAAAAGGAAUUAGAAUAUUCUGAGAAAAAGGAAUUAGAAUAUUCAGAGAUAAGGGAAUUUGAAUGUCCCGAGACAAAGGAAUUAGAAUAUUUUGAGACAAUGGAAAUAGAAUGUUCUGAGCCUGUUGCAAAAGACAAUGAGGAUAUUGAGUAUGAUGUUCUUGAAGAGAAGAAGAAAAUAACAUUAAAGCAGAAAAGUCCAACGUCUACAACAAGUUCCAAGAGCAGAAAGGCCACUAGGAAGACCUUGUCUCCCGUCAACACAGAAAAGAAUUGUAGCAGUUCAACAGGAAGUGAGAAAGUUUGGAUUAUCACAGAAACUGACAGAGUCGGCCAGAGGAGUAGGAAUAAAAAGACUGUCCCGGAGAAAAAUGGGACCUUGGCAUUGAACAUAAAUGUUAAAGAUUCAGAAAAAAGGGGGAUUGCAUCUGAAAAACAGUUGAAUAUUGGGGAGAAUGUUAGCAGAAGGCCAAGGUCUCAGGUCAACAACUCUGAGUCAUCCAGGCAAAAGGCACAGCCAAGGAAGAAGGUGUUGGACAUCACCCCACCCAGACAAACUGUACAAAAGGCAAACAGCCAGCCAACCAGAAAGAUCUUGGCCAAGCAGAGGUCCAUGUCCAAUGAGGACAGAACCAAGUCCCCCAAACAGACUCAGGAGAUGAGUGAGAGCGUUUCCCUGCCUGUCUUCCACCACCCCCCUCCAGACAUCUUUGGGGUCCACCAGUACGUGGAGAAUUGGCUGCUGAACAUCACCCCUGAGUCUAGUCCCUAUGUUCCCUUUCUGGAGGAGGGAGGACAGGGUGGACACAUUGAAGGGGGAGGACAGGAUAGUCACAUGGAAGGGGGAGGACAGGAUAGUCACAUGGAAGGGGGAGGACAGGAUGGACACAUGGAGGGGGGAGGACAGGAUGGUCACAUGGAGGGGGGAGGACAGGAUGGACAGAUGGAGGGGGGAGGACAGGAUAGUCACAUGGAAGGGGGAGGACAGGAUAGUCACAUGGAAGGGGGAGGACAGGAUGGACACAUGGAGGGGGGAGGACAGGAUGGUCACAUGGAGGGGGAAGGACAGGAUGGACAGAUGGAGGGGGGAGGACAGGAUGGUCACAUGGAAGGGGGAGGACAGGAUGGACAGAUGGAGGGGGGAGGACAGGAUGGUUGCAUGGAAGGGGGAGGACAGGAUGGACAGAUGGAGGGGGGAGGACAGGAUGGUCACAUGGAAGGGGGAGGACAGGAUGGACACAUGGAGGGGGGAGGAAAGGCUGCACACAUACAGAGAGGAGGACAGUGUAGACCCAUGGAGGGGGGAGGACAGGAUGAACACAUGGAGGAGGGAGGACAGGAUGGACAAACAUCGGGGGGAGAACAGGAUGGACAAAUGGAGGGGGGAGAACAGGAUGGACAAAUGGAGGGGGGAGAACAGGAUGGACAAAUGGAGGGGGGAGAACAGGAUGGACAAAUGGAGGGGGGAGAACAGGGUGAUCAUGACUCUGAACCCAGAACCAAGGAGGAUAUGGAGGAGGCUGACCCCAGGACCAAGGUGAUCUUUAAGAUAGGAGCUGACUCAGAUGUUGAGUCAGAAGUGAGGAGUGAAGUCCUCCUCCCUUUUUACCCAGAAGAACAAUAUGUAUCCCAUGGAGGAGAUCACCUCUCAGUGGAAGGGCAGUCCAUGUCCUGUCUAUCUGUCCCUGUCGGUUACCCAGAGGCUCAAGUUCACCUGCCCAACCCUCUGAGGACACGAGGACUCUGCUCCUCCAUGCCCAGCGUUAGGAUUGACCCAGAGGAGCAGCAGACUCGGCUGGGCCUCCUACACCGCUCAGCCUCCUUCAUCCCUCCUCCGGUAGAGCAGCACAGUGAGACGUUCUUCUCCACGCACAACCUCCUCAGCCCCAAGGCCACGUUAACGCCUGUCCUCCGACAGCUCUGCUCCUCCAUUCAUUGCAUCAGACAGGCCUCCCAGAACCCUGCCAGCCUGGAGAAAUCACACAGCAUGCCUGACUUCUCCUCUCAAGUGGCGUCUGUGUUUGGCUCACCCUCCACGUCUCUGAUGUCCUUCCUGUCAGUAACAACCCUAAAAGAGACCUUGUCAUCAGCCCUGGGAGUUGGUGGAGGGUCAAGGAGCGGUUCAGAGGCCCUUCUAGUGUUGCAGUCACUCCAGAAGAUCUCUGCAAUUGAGGACGAGGAGGAGCAGAGAGCCAGCCUGGCCAGCCUUCAGAGCCGCACCUCCGACCAGCUGAGGGACAGCUGGAAAGACUUCCAGGAGAGGAACAGUGAGGUGGGGGUCAUGGACAGUCCUCCAUACUCUCCCAGCACCAACCAGGAGUUCGCCCUGGAUGUAAUGUCUGAGGAAGGGGAGGAGAAUGACGGACAGUUGGACAUUGAUGAGUUUAUGGAGGAACUCAACCUGCCCCAAGAACUGAGAGAUGAGGUUUCAUUGUUGGUAGAUGGCAACAGAACAGUGCAACAUGCCAUGAGGUCUCCAAUGUUAGGGGGAAGCAUUAGUGAGGUGUCUAAUGUGGUGGACACAGAGAUGGACAGAAGGGACUCUGAGGAAAUAGAGGAACUUGAAGUAUUUCAGGAAAUUGUGAAGAAGAGGCCAGAUAAUUGGCCAGGGAGCCCAGCUGAAGAGGAGAUGGAGGAAAAGGGUGUUGAGGAGUUAGAACAGAAGAAGAAUAAGGGUGAAAAUGAGAAUUUGGAGAAACAUGAAGAGGAAAAUGAGGAUGGUUUGGUCGUUAAAGAGAUAAGAAAUAUCCCUGAUGGGAAAGAACCAACCCAGAAUUCUGAGGAGAGGAAGUUGAAGAGGCAGAGGAAGGGGAUUCUGAGGAUGUGGAUGAAGAAGGGGAGGAGAAGGAAAUGGUAG